UUAAAACGUCCGACUUUUAAAUUGUCAAUUGGAGGAUUUCGUUUGCGCGCGCAGUAGCCGGUUGCCAUGGCAACGCGGAGGGCGCCCGCUCCCGGAUCUUUGUAAACUGCGUGAAGGUUUGACGUGUGCCCAUAUUUCAUAGCUCGCAGUGUUAUUAAUACAUCGUGUGUCCAAGGACCUGCAUCAGUGCAUCUAGGAGAAAAUGGGGAACAAGGCUUUGAUACCUCGUAUUAGCGAUCUAUACGACAGUGGCAUUGAUAGUGAUGAGGGGAAGCAGUCCAGUAUGAACGCUGUCUUUAUUAAGGACCAUGAGGAGGUAAAAAUCAAGAGCAAGAAUAUUUUUAACAAGAGCAACAUUCCAUAUGAAAAACUGGAUGAAAACUUUAAAGAAGUAGAAAAAAAGACGUUUCUAUCCAAACAGAAGAGCGUUGCUAAUGGCGGAAAGAAUUACCGCGAUGGAGUUGAAGGAAGCGACUUGAAUCGUCCUCUGUUGGACUCAUUCAAGGCCCAUGAGCAAAUGAGAAUGACAAAUGUUAACCCGUCAGACGAAAAAUGGAUUGCGUACGAGUCUGACGGGCGCGACUCGCCGCAGCUUUACGAGGUGGAACUGACAGCUUCGGACGAGGAUGACAGCUCAGUUCUGGAACUCGUCAUCCCGAUGCAAUCUAAGAUAAAGCGACACCAUUGGCUGUUAGAGUUCCUUUGCUUCGGCUGCUUGUAUCGUUAUGAAUAAGUUACAAAUUGUAUUUUAUGGUUAUCUUUUUUACAAUUUUUUUUAUAUUUUAUGGAAUAGAACUGAUAUAAACCUCAUUAUAAUUAAGUUUAAAUAUUCCAUUGAUGAUCUUUCUUACUUUAUAUAAUGUUUAUGAGCCUACUGUAUGAGUGAUAUGAGAUUUUUAUAAGUUCGAAAUAUACUUGAAAUUUAACAGGUUUACUAACAAUAAUACGGUGAGUAUAACGAAAUAGAUAAAUAAAGUUUGGGGAUAGGACAGCCAUUGCACAGAACGGAAUUGGAUUUAUCCGCUGAGGGAUUUUAAAACAUCGAGUUGAGAAAGAAAAUAGCGAACCAUUUGAAAAAGCCGACGAGCUUCUUGUAACUUCUGAA